AUGAGAAACAAUAUAGUCCCUGUAAUCCUCUCCUUCACCACCUUCAUCCUCCUCCUAACUCCAUCAACCGCAGAACAAGAAACUUCAUUUGUCUUCCCGGUUGAUCAAAUCCUCAACAAAACAAGCUCAUGGCUCGAUUUUCCGGCUAAAUACAACCAACCAAAGAUCGAACUAACCACAUCAACAAUCAUCGCCGCAGUACUCUCUUUCAUCGCCGCAUCAAUCUCAAGCGCCGGUGGUAUCGGCGGCGGAGGUUUAUACGUUCCGAUAAUGACAAUAGUCGCCGGACUCGAUCUUAAAACAGCUUCGAGCUUCUCUGCCUUCAUGGUUACAGGAGGAUCUUUAGCUAACGUGGGAUGCAAUCUAUUCGUUAGAAACCCUAAAUCCGGAGGCAAAACCCUAAUCGAUUUCGAUUUAGCCUUGUUAUUGGAGCCAUGUAUGCUUCUUGGAGUUAGUAUCGGUGUGAUUUGUAAUCUUGUGUUUCCGAAUUGGCUUAUAACGAGUCUCUUCGCUGUGUUUCUUGCGUGGUCCACGUUGAAGACUUUUGGAAAUGGGAUGUAUUAUUGGAGAAUGGAAUCUGAGAUUGAGAAAAUCAGAGAAUCGAAUCGAGUCGGUGAAGAAGAAGAUAAGAUUAAGAGUGUGAAAUUGCCACUUCUUGAAGAUUAUGAGAGACCAAAGAGGUUUCCAUGGAUUAAGCUUGGAGUUUUGGUGAUUAUUUGGCUAGCUUACUUUGCAGUUUAUCUUCUUCGAGGCAACAAAUACGGCGAGGGAAUCAUAACGAUCGAGCCAUGUGGAAUCACUUACUGGCUCCUCUCAUCAACUCAAAUACCACUCACUCUCUUCUUCACUCUUUGGAUAUGCUUUAGUGACAAUGUUCAAAGCAACCAGUGUUCAGAUCACCAAGUCUCAGUAAAGGAUGUAGAAGAUUUGAGAUCAAAUGAUGAAGGAAGAUCAAACAAGUGUAUGUUUCCUGUAAUGGCUCUAUUAGCUGGAGUUUUAGGUGGUGUUUUCGGUAUUGGAGGCGGAAUGCUCAUUAGCCCUCUUCUCCUUCAAGUCGGUAUUGCUCCCGAGGUAACUGCAGCGACAUGUUCUUUCAUGGUUCUGUUUUCAUCAACAAUGUCUGCGAUUCAAUAUUUGUUAUUGGGCAUGGAACAUACCGGGACCGCUAGUCUAUUCGCGGUAGUAUGUUUUGUGGCUUCACUUGUGGGACUAAUGGUGGUUCAAAAGGUUAUAACCGAGUAUGGAAGGGCUUCGAUCAUUGUCUUCUCGGUUGGUAUCGUCAUGGCAUUGAGCAUUGUGUUGAUGACAAGCUAUGGAGCUCUUGAUGUUUGGAAUGAUUUUGUCUCUGGUAGUUACAUGGGUUUCAAGUUACCUUGUUAA